AAAAUAAGAAUUACUGACUGUUUUGCAGCUUCAGCAGCCCGCAAAUCUAUAAAUAGCUCUCACGUGACACUGGUUGCUUCCAUCACUAGUUUCAGUUUAAGACACAGGAAACUUUUUCUUGACUUUGAACAGAUUAACUUAAAACAUCAGGACACCUUACACACUUACCAUGGGAGGAAGACAGAGUCUCAUGGGUUCACCGGAGGCUGAGUUUGUACAAAAAACUAUUUCCAACAACAGCGUUGUCAUCUUCUCCAAGACCACAUGUCCUUACUGUAGGUCAACGAAACGGGUUUUCAGUGAGCUCGGGGUCGAACCACAAGUGUUUGAACUUGACCGCAGAGAAGAUGGAGUCAGAGUACAGUCCAUUCUCGGUGAAAUGACGGGAGCACAUACAGUUCCCAGAGUGUUCAUUCAUGGCAAAUGUGUUGGUGGAAACUCGGAAACUCAGACACUGUACAAGUCGGGGAAUCUGGCCGAAAUGUUGAAGAACGGUAUUAAUGCAUCUUGACGAGUGUACAUAAGAUUUGGAAUAGAAUGUCAGAGUCUGAGUGUUAAAGUUGUGUGCCUUAAAUAGCAUUGCUUCAACUUUCAAAUAUAGAGGAAGAUGAACACAUAAUAUACUGGUACCAUUGGAUCAUUGGUCACAUUUUCUAAAUCAUUGCUGGUAUGUUCAACAAAGCUUUUGAAUUUCACAUGACUUGUUUUCAAAGUCUCUUAAUUGGUACAGCAUUCAAAAUGUUUUUACAUGAUUUUAACCUUUCUUUUUUGUAGUAGUAUUUUGACAGCCUAGAGUUGUUGAAAGAUUUAAAAAAAAAUUAACCUUGGCAAUAACUUGUUAAUAAAAUUUUCAAGAUAUUUGAAUUAAAUUUAGUGCAAAUGUUACCAGAGGCUAUAUGGGCAUGCAGUGGUCGAAAUUAGCACAAGCCCGCAAGCCCUGCACUGGUAAAAUGUCUUCCGGGCUUGCUCAAAUUCUGAUUUUUUUAUAGCAGGGUUGUUCAAAACUUUUAUGCCAAGAAUAAGAAUUUGGGCUUGUUCAUCCAAAAGUCUAAUUUGCAGAAGGCCUGUAAACAUGGGGAUAAUAAUUGCUGAGUUAUGCCCCUUUCCCACCAAUUUCUUUUUUUAACAGACAUGCGUUGACACCUUGUGCUCUUGUAAUAAUGAUAUUGUUCCUAAUGAGAUUGACAAAGUUUUACUAUUUGACAUUAAAAAACAAACAAAAACA